AUCCCCACCACGCCCUCACCAAUAGGCGCACCCGCCCGUCCACCAUCAUGCCCAGCUUCCUGCACCUCCCCAUCGAGCUUAUCAUCCAAAUCACGACCUACAUAUCCAGUUUCAAGACUCUCGCGGCGCUUAUAUGUACGCACAGCUACUUCUCCACCCACCUCACCGAGCGGCUCUACCUCCUCGCGUUAUCCGAAAUCCGCGCGAUCAUUCCCACUUACCGUCGCCCGAUCCGGCUGCAGACACUUUCGCACCUCCCGCAAUCGCCCAUCUUCCUAAUACCCGGUAAUGGGCGCGCCUCGAUCCCUGGUUGGGCGAUCCUCUACGGGCCUGACACACUCAUGCGGCGACUUCUCAGGACCGAGGGUGGACUCUCGCCGAGAGCGCUAUUCACCCACUGGUGGGCUGGCAUGCACCACGUCCCGAUCCUCAGCGUCGCGGUGAUACAUUUGCGUCUCGAGGUGGCAGCCGUGCUGCUGGAGGCGGGAGCCCGGCCGAGUAUGCGUGAAUCGGUCAUGUGGGCUCCGCUUAGGUAUGCUAGUACGGAGGUGGAGCAUGUCAAGUGGAACAGGAUAGUAGUGUUGGAGAAUCAAAUAAGAAACUGGACUGAAGAGGAGGUGGAGAUGGGGAGGUUGUUGGUUACUUACAAUGCGAUCGGGAGGUAG